GGGAGGGGAUGGACCAAGCGCUGCCUGACGAAGUCACCAUCACGUCCUGGAAGAACAAGCCCUGGAGCUCAGAAGAUGGUGAACCCUGUGCUCAUCCCAACUCUCGUUUCUGCACUCCGGCCGGUCAGUGCCCGAUCAUUGAUCCGCAGUGGGAAUCCCCAGAGGGAGUCCCCAUCGAGGCCAUCAUUUUUGGAGGGCGCAGACCAGAGGGCGUCCCUCUGGUGUACGAGGCCUUCAGCUGGCAGCACGGAGUGUUUGUUGGAGCGGCCAUGAGAUCGGAGGCCACUGCUGCAGCUGAACACAGAGGAAAGGUAAUCAUGAACGACCCAUUCGCUAUGCGCCCCUUCUUCGGCUACAACUUUGGACAGUACCUCUCUCAUUGGCUGAGCAUGGCUGAGCGUCCCGGUGCCAAGCUCCCCAAGAUUUUCCAUGUCAACUGGUUCCGCAAGAGCCCGACCGCCGGCUUCCUCUGGCCCGGUUUUGGCGACAACAUCCGCGUUCUGGACUGGAUGUUCAGGAGGGUGAACGGCGAGGCCGGCGCCACGCUCUCCGCCGUGGGCCACCUGCCUUGCCACGGCUCCCUGAACCUCCAGGGUCUGCAGGGCGAUGUGGACCUGGAUGAGCUGUUCUCCCUGGAUCAGGAGUUCUGGCAGAGGGAGGUGGAAGAGGUGAGGAAGUACUUCACCACGGAGGUGAAUGACGACCUGCCCAACGAGAUCACACAUCAGCUGCAGCUCCUGCAGCAGAGAGUGAAGCAGAUGUGAGGACGGAGGAAAGAGAAACACGUGUUGGGCAUGUUGGUAAUUCUACAGUUUGUCCUUCACAUUCGAGAACGGAGAAGAUGGUGUCUGCUUCCUGAAGGCAGUGUCUUCAGGAAGCUCCGCAUGCAUCAACAUCCGUCGUUGUGCUGAUGACACCACGAUGUAUUGCAAAUUAAAUUGAAUAGAACUCAGUGGAGAACAUGUCAGAAAAGGAUUUUAGAUCAGAAUGUCAGAAAAAAAAGAUAAAUAUGAUAAAUUCUUCAACAGAAUGUGAGAAUUUCUCACAUAUUUCAUUUUACGAGGGACUCACUUUCUUCUGAGGAUUUCUUACUUCGAGGUGUUAACGAACAAAUUAACUCAAAGAGAAAUAAUUAAUUCAUUUGUUUGCUAGAAAUCAUCUAUUUGUUGAGAUUUAUUUUGGGGGGAAAAAGAUUCUGGGAAUAUUUACCUGGGAAUCUUCGCAUGAACAAAUGAAACAUUCGUCAUUCAUCCUCACUGGCUUGUACCGGGACUGCUGAUCUGAAGUCUGUCCUCUCAACUCUCACUCUCUGCUGCACAAAGUUUUAAACUUUUGUUUAAACAUAUUGUCAAACUGCUCAACUGCUAUUUAACAGUAACUUAUUAUGAAUGCACAUCACACAGUCCUCACCAUGUGGAUUCUUAUGGAACAAAGAGUAAACGAGUCCAGGUUCACUCAGCACAAGUUUGUUAGAUAUGUUUUCUGUACCUGAUGUAUUUUUUUGUCUUAAAUUAUUUUUAUACUGUCUCAGUCUCUAGGUUCUGUUUUGUUUUACUCUUGAAUAACACAGAA